CUUUCUUUAGCCCCUUCUGAGGAAGCAUUCUUGAAAAAGGAACUUGACUUCAUGAACAGAUAUCGUCUGAUGCAUGCUGCUGCUCCUCUCCAGCUCUCGCUCGACCUUACGAACAAAGCAGAGCUUUGGGCCACUAAACUCGCCAGUAACGAUGAGGAGAAAAUCGAUGUAAACUCUAAAUAUGGCCAGAAUAUCUUCUCAUCUAAGGACACACAGGACAUUGCUAGGCGAAGCGUUCAGUCCUGGUAUAAUGAACUCAGAUUUUACGAUUUCCAUAGUGCCAAAGGUUCAUUGAAGUCCGCCUAUUUCUCGCAGCUCGUAUGGGUUGGAUCACAGGAAGUUGGCGUUGGAAAGGCAGUGGGUGCCAGUGGAAAGACGUACAUUGUCGCUUUAUUUAAUCCACCCGGAAAUAAAGGCGACUAUCUGCACAACGUGCACCCCGUAACAGGUUAGCAUACUAAGAUUUAAAUGAAGAUCACUAUAGUUCUUUUAACAAAAUCUUACGAACAACCGGCCUAAAAAGCAGCCAACAGUUCAUCAUUUGUAACUAACGAUGGUUAUGACGUCAUGGUGCUGAGCUAAGACCUGAUGAUAUUUCCCUGUAGCAUUUGAAAGAAAGAUUGAUUUUCAAGACUGUAAGACUUCAGUACUUUCUUCUUCUUUCUUUCUUCUCUGCAGAAAUGAGUGGUGUACUUAAGAGUACCUCUUGGAGUACCCGAUGUCCCUUCGCGCCCUUUUUUACCGUUUGUUACAUUUUUUUCUUUAGCGUAAACAAGACAACAGUUUAUUCCACCCUGAUCCUCAUCCUUUGUUUCUGUUCUUUUCCACCCCUCUCCCAAUUUUACCAUAUUCGGUAUAUUUUUCUGUUUACACUGGAGACAGAACGUUUGUAGGUUUGUAACAAUAACCUGAAAUCUCUCAGGUCUUUCUCGAUUGGUAGCGGAACCAAAGAAGCUUCUAUUUAUUUCCUUGUAGGUAGUGGUGUUGGAAAGCGAGGCCCAUGUAAGUAUUUUUCACAUUUAUAUAUUACCGCUAGUCAUCAAUUGACAUCGUUAAAUUAAACGAACACAUAGAACUCAGAGUAACUGAAACAGAGCGUUUCUUUCCUUGUAAAUACUGCGAGUACUCUUUGAACAAAAUGCCACUAGUAAUUUCAACUUUAAAUUUCAACGAUUUCCCCCUGUUGACAGCAAAUUGUCCCACUGGAUAUCAGCUCUACGACAACGUAUGUUAUAAGUAUUUCCCUGGACCAGUAAACUGGGUUCAAGCUGCAGAGAAGUGUGCUGAACGAUUUUCCACUUUAGCGUCCAUCGAGAGUCAAGCUGAAGAGUUUUUCAUUAGGACUGUUCUGGUGAGAUAUGUGUUGAUACGCACGGGAGAAGACACUGAAUGGGGUUGAAAUGAUUAAGACCCCUUAUAUAUGGAGAAAACUUGUCCUGGGUAGAAGGCAGUGGUGGAUCCAGUGAAGGGGCCAUUUGGGCCUGCCCCCCUUAUUUUUAGACCAAACUGAGGCCCAAAGGGCCGAAAAAAAGAUUUUUUUUAGACCGCCCCCCUAACUCAAAGUCUGGAUGACAGCCCCCCUCCUCUUAUCUGAAGAUCUGCAUCAGCCACUAGAAGGGUUACUAGCCUACUAGAACUACCAGGGCUCCCCGGGGGGUCCUGCCAUAUAUGGGCUAUAUAGGUAUGUACAUCUGUGAAGGGUAUGGUUUUCAAGGCGUUUACCCUGGGAUAGGGUAUAUAAAUCAGAGAGUUUGGGUCUAGAAUAGGGUAUCAUUUUCCAGGAAACUAAUCAAUUGAUUGAAGAUUAUAGGCUAGACUAAGGAAACCGGGAAUUGCCACCAAAACAUAAGAAAAAAUCAAAUCGGCAAAAUUAAAUUUACGCAAUUCAGCCUAAGCUACUCUAGAAUAGGGGGUAUUUGGGGGAGUUUAGUCUAGUAUAGGGUAGCAAAAUUCAGCUGAACUAGCUCUGGUAUAGGCUAAGGGUUCCAGAGUCCCAGCGGCACAUCCCCACCCAAAAAUUCCUAAAGUACCCCCCGGGGCCCGCGGUGGGCCAACUUUUCCUACACUUCCUUACAAAUCUUGGCGAGCCGUUUACACGAGAAACGCACAGUUUGCUCGGCUAUAGCCUGCGUAGCAAGCUUUUCCUCGCCAGUUCGUCGAGCAAGUUGGGACGAGAGCAAAAAAGAGGUGACCAACAUGCCUCGAGAAUCUGUAAGGCUCAGAGCACUUAGAUUGUGUGGAGACGGAUGAAAACCGAUUGCAAUUAAAACAAUAAUUUUAAAUCAGAUGAGAUGAAUUGAACCUACUUUAUAUAAACUUAAGUUUUGGACAAAACAAAAAGCAUAUAUUCGAGACAGAGCUUCGUGAAAAAACUUAAGUUAUUUUUUCUUUCUGUUUUCAUUUAUAGACCUCUGGUGGCGCAUCCGAUGCCUGGAUGGGUAUAAGUGACUUAAAUACUGUUGGUGUCAUGUCCUGGUUGGACGGGACUGAAAACGUAUACAACAAUUGGGAUUAUUACCAGACAAUGUUUCCUGGCAAAAAAUGCGGCGUUAUUAGUACAAACUUCAACUGGAAGUACAAGCCAUGCGAUAAGGCAAGAGGAUUCGUUUGCAAGCGACCCCUUAGAGGUAAGAGAAAUGAUCGGAAAAAAUGUUUAAUGUUCAUUUAUAUAGAAUACGUGUUCAAUGGCCUUUGAAAUCAGAAUAGUUUUCUGAGAGCGCCUGGUACUAAAUCAGCGGAUUUUGAGCUUCUGCACAUGGAUUUGGGAUGGGUUUGCACUGUCAAUACAACAAUAAACAGUUCGGAUACUUAAGUAUCUUGUGUGUCGCACUAAGAGUCUAAACGUGUACACAUACAUGAAACAUGUUAUUGAGUGCAUUUAUUUCCACGCAGAGAUACAUAUCGCCAAAGCACAAGAAAACUGGUUGAUUAGAACCAGUUUUUAUUCAUUUUUAUGGCUUGCGUCCUGAUUGGCUACCAAGAGCGGGCUAAAUAAGCCUAUCAUGUCUAUUCGGGAUUUCCUGCUUUGUUUUGAGGGUCCCCAAUAGCUUUUCGGGAUCUUUGAUUUCCCCUUUGAAGGCCAGUAUUCGGGAUUUUAAAGCAAAAUGGGGGCGAGAUUCGGGAUUGAAAGUGGGCACGAUGUGGAAUGCCGAAAAUAACCCUUGGGAUUACGGGAUUGAGCAAAAAUUUGGGUCAGGCCGGAUGACGGAAUUGAAGAACCCUAUGGGGACUCUCACUUUUGUUUCGGCCAUGAAAUAUAUUCUUAAUGACCAAGAAUGUUCGCGGUUAAGUUGGCUGAAUAUUGGCCUUGUCUGCCCAUAAAACCUUAUCUCUUAUGUUUUUUAUGUAUGCAAACAAAAAAAAAUAAACAAAAAUGAUUGUAAAUGGCCCUAGUGAUACAUACGUUCAUGAGGGACCCUUUCUAUUUCAGGCCUUACAAUGUACAUGGUGCUAAUUCGUUACGAAGAUAAACUCUGGACAGAUAACCUGUACAUGCCAGGAAGUCCUCGACACCAAGCUCUCAGCAGAAAUAUUCAGGAAGCAGUAAGCUUACAUAGCAUUGAUCAGGGGCACCCAACGAGGAUAUAGUUCAAAACCACUUAACAUAGCAUUGUUGAACGUAUUCUAGUAUUUAAACAGUAGAUAUAGGCAUAUUUUUAUCCCCUAAAAACUUUUCAUCUGUUCGGAUUUCCUAGCUGAAAGUCUAGUGAUCCGAAAAUUAUAGGGAUCAAAACUUACCUUUUCGAAAAUUUCAGCCAGGAAAAGGCUCCCGAAAAUUCUAGGUGGCCUUUUUUAGGGUAAAUAUCCGUUUAAAAUGGGUAGUUAUACCAUUUUGUAGAUGUUCGAAAAUCCUAGGAGAGGCAGGCAAGCAAGAAAUUUUAAAACAAAUGUUCCGAAAAUUCUAGUUCUCAAAUCGUCUUCCGAACAGAUAUUUUCCCGAAAAUUGUCGUUGGGUGCCCCUGAUUGAUUGAGCUUCACUGGAUGUUCAUGACGUUGCGCUGUGUUCGCGUGUGACAGGGGCACCCAACGAGGAUAUAGUUCAAAACCACUGGCAUUGUUGAAUGUAUUUUAGUAUUCCAACGGUAGAUAUAGGCAUAUUUUUAUCCCCUAAAAACUUUUCAUCUGUUCGGAUUUCCUAGCUGAAAGUCUAGUGAUCCGAAAAUUAUAGGGAUAAAAACUUACCUUCUCGAAAAUUUCAGCCAGGAAAAGGCUCCCGAAAAUUCUAGGUGGUCUUUUUUAGGGUCAAAAUCCGUUAAAAAUGGGUAAUUAUACCAUUUUGUAGAUGUUCGAAAAUCCUAGGAGCGGCAGGCAAGCAAGAAAUUUUACAACAAAUGCUCCGAAAAUUCUAGAUCUCAAAUCGUCUUCCGAACAGAUAUUUUCCCGAAAAUUGCCGUUGGGUACCCCUGGAGUGAGUUUGAAUCUGUCUACUGAUUGUGGUUAUGUUUUUUAUUCCCGACAGCUUCUUUCUGUAUAUGGUGAUUUUGACUGGUUUGAAGAGGUUACUUUGGAUCAUUUCAGGUAACGCUAAAAUAUACACUGGCUGUUUAAAGUGACCUCUAAUGUGAAUGGAUUAUAUUUGCCUUCUAUACGGUAAUUUCUGUUAAUUAGUUCUUGGUAAAGAGUAAUUAGGGCCAAUUCCCAUACUCUCAACAGUGUACAGGAAAUAUUGUAGCUCCCAGUCGAGGAUAAUGCAAUAUCCACAUUCUCAUCCUGUCUGGGCAAUGUUUUUCGGCUGCUUAAGUUGCCUGUAGGAAACAUCAAACAAGCUAUCUUUGCUUGGAAGGUGGAGGCGGGGUGCAGUUUGUUAUGUUGCCCUCAUUUCACGAAUUUUUCGCAUAUAUUUUUGCUCAUUGGGGCUCCAUAAUUACGGAGAAUAAAAAUGGUAAAAUGGACUUUAUCGGGGACAAGGAUAUGUGUGAGUUGCUGGUGCAUUUUUUUUAUGAAUAUACUUUCUUCUUUUCUCUAUAGCAAAGGAGAGCAGGAUAAGAUACUGGCCUACAUAAAAUUAAGUUUUACCCCCGAUGACGAUUCCGUUACCGAUCCAAUCCAGUUUCUUCGCGAUGCCAUUCAAGGAAAGGGAAAUAAUAACUCUACAAAAAGAAGCGUCAUCUCUGGUACUCUACACGGAGAAAAGAUCCAGCUGAUCAACACCACUUUGAUCACUGGUAAGAUGUAACGGCUAUUUGUGCUCUUUUUACCCUCUGCUCCUGGUUGGGUCAGGCUGCAAGGUCGCGGGUGCUUGGAAAUUGUUAGGCUCUCUCGGCCUAACAAUCAAGGUCUAAAGUUUUUGCCGUAACAACGAAUUUUUUUUGAACUUUUCACAAAAAAGUAUUCUUGGUGAGACAAGAUUGUUUUGAUUCUUAAUGAUUAAGUAUGUUGCCAUGGGAACCGCGGGUGUUAGGCUAAACUUGUGCAGUUUCUUAGGACUGUUAACGUUCCUCACUAGCCCUACCUUUGAAAUAAAAUCUUCUAAAAGUUGAUGGCGAAGUAUAAAUAGCGGAUUUGCCUUUGCCUUGAAAGUAAAAUCACCACUUAGUACUUAAAGAUAAUCCUACAUCAGAACCUUUAGUAUUAUAAGCCAAACUAAUGCCUUUUAGAUCAACAAGUGUAGUUAGCACAUUUUGUCCGCUAAUUGUAUGUUAUUUUGCUGUACAAAAUAAUCCCUGUUUUGUUUCCACCAGCGGACCAAAUUGGUACGACGUGUCCAGCUUAUUGUGCUGUCUCACAAUGUUCACCCGUCGCCUGUAGCCCAUGGUGCUGUGAUACUUUUGGUCAGCAGUUUUUCACACAGCAACAGCCACAACAGCUUGGAUAUAACUCAUAUGGCUCUCAGCCUUAUUACAACACAGCCAAUCAAAUGCCAGCUUAUCCUCCACAAAAUCAAUAUCCCGCGAGGCCACUGAACCCUUACCCAGUCCCUCAGCCCGCACCGUAUCAGUACCGAGUCCCCCCUCCACCAACACCUUACCAGUUGCCACAGCAACAUCAAUACGUAGCUCGACCACAGCCGUAUUUCCCUGCGCCAAUGCAACUACAACAGAAUCCAUACCAGGUUCCACUGCGGCCUCAGCCAGUCCAGCAGCAAGUCUCACCCACCCCACUGCGAAACUCACUACGAUACAUAAUUAUGCCAAAACAACAACCUCGGCCUCCAGUGCCACAGCCAUACCUGUCCAUCCCAAGCCCGACGUUUGCUUCACAGGCACCCGUGUAUACACCACCACAGCCGUUUCCACAGAUGCCGAUUCAGGCAGUUCCGCAGUAUCUGCAGAUGAGCCCAAAUAAAAAGGACAAACAAGGAGGCACCGUACAGUUACAGGGUACGGUAUUUUCCUAUCCGUAUGCUCCUCAGCCCGCUCCGGCUGUCCAGCCAAUACCAGUUUACAUGCCAACACAAUACUACCAACCCACGGUUCAACAUGUAACGAAACAGGCAAACAGUAAAGAAAAGGAAGAUGAAAAGAAAAAAGGGGCUUCGGAAAAGUCUCCUGUGAAAACUUCUCAGGUAGGAGUUUCACCUGGAGUUGCCCCAGUUUAUCCUCACAUGGGGUAUCUACCCCAAGGAUAUUCUCCUCAAGGAUAUGCUCCGCAGGGUUAUGCUCCUCAGGGUUAUGUUGCGCAGGUUCCACCUCCUAUAUAUCCAAAUCCCGUACCUCCGCCUCAAACAACUUGGAGGAUAAAACUCUACCGUCCCGUUGUAACUGUCGGCCACCCCCAGUCGCCGGUCCCUCUCUUCAACCCGGGGUAUCCGCUACCAAGCCAACCAUUUCCGCCAAUGACCCGUCAACAAUACCCCCCACCACAACCCUCCGCUACACAGCCAGCAUCACCAGGGCUUCGUCCAAUCGAACAAAGACCUCAACCACCACAACCUAUACCUCCUCCAAGUUUCUUCCCUUCUCAGCCACUGAAUGUGUAUCGCCCGCCACCGGUCGCGUACCCCAACCCUGGCUAUGCACCGGGUCAGAGCUCGCAGGUGAACCUUUGGCAAGCGCUACAGAAGACAUUCCAGCCCAGUUCUUGCCCUGCACCUUGCCCAAGUUACUGCGCGCCAUCCUGUACCCCAAUGUGCUGCAAAGAUCGCAAAUAGAUGGAAAUAAGAUAUGAACCUGAUAAUUAAAGAAAGAUGGUAAAUUUUAAGCUCGGUGAAGAAGUGAGAAAUGAAGUGAUCAACAUGUCACGAGCACGGGACAAAGAAAAAAAUCUGAGUUCCCAACAGGAUUUGCAACUAUGACCUUCCGUACAUCGGUCGGAUGCUCUAACCACUGAGCUACGAAGGAUUCGUGGCGAGCUGUGCCAUAUUCAAAGUUCAUGUGUCCGACCAUCCGACCGUUGUACGGAAGGUCACAGGUUCAAUUCCUGUCCGGCACUCAGAUUUUUUCUUUGUCUUAUGCUAUGCUCGUGACAUGUUGAUCACAUCACUUCUCAUUUCUUCACCGAGCUUAAAGUUUACCUGCUUUCUUUAUUUAUCACAUACAUGACGAUUUCAUAUUUCUUACU